AUGGCCCUCCACCACGGCGCGCGGCUCCGCUCCCGCGCCGCGCCCCUCCUCGCCGUCGUCGUCCUCGCGGUCCUCGCCCUCGUCUCGCUCCUCCGCAACCGCAACCACACCGCCGCGCAGCGCAAGAUCCUGCUCGACCCGUCCUUCACCCCGCGGCUGCCGCGCCAGGGCGCGCUGUCCCUCUCCCUCGCCCGCCGCAACGCGCUGCCGCCGCGCAACGCGGCCCGCUUCCCCAGCCUCCCCGACGGCCACCUCAAGGUCGUCCUCUACGUCCACAACCGGCCCCGCUACCUCCGCCUCGUCGUCGACAGCCUCUCCCGCGUCGACGGCAUCGGCGAGGCGCUGCUCGUCGUCAGCCACGACGGCUACUUCCCCGAGAUGGACGAGAUCGUCAAGGGCAUCGCCUUCUGCCAGGUGAAGCAGAUCUUCGCGCCCUACUCGCCGCACCUCUUCCCGGACUCCUUCCCCGGCGUCGCGCCCGGGGACUGCCGGGACAAGGACAGGGCGGCCGAGAAGCGGUGCCGGGGCGAGCCGGACCAGUAUGGCAACCACCGCUCCCCGAGGAUCGUGUCGCUGAAGCACCACUGGUGGUGGAUGAUGAACACCGUGUGGGAUGGGCUGGAGGAGACCAGGGACUUCGACGGGCACAUCCUCUUCAUCGAGGAGGACCACUACAUCUUCCCCAAUGCAUACCGCAACGUGCAGCUGCUUGUGGAUUUGAAGCCGAAGAAGUGCCCCCAAUGCUAUGCCGUCAAUUUGGCGCCCUCCGAUGUCAAGGCGAAAGGGGAAGGCUGGGAGAGCAUGGUUGCUGAGAAGAUGGGUAACAUUGGCUAUGCCUUCAACAGGACUGUGUGGAGGAAGAUUCAUGCCAAGGCUAAGCAGUUCUGCGACUUUGAUGAAUACAAUUGGGAUAUAACCAUGUGGGCAACGGUGUAUCCGUCGUUUGAAGCUCCUGUUUACAGUCUGAGGGGGCCUAGGAGGAGUGCUGCACAUUUUGGCAAGUGUGGCCUGCACCAAGGCCAAGACUCCAGCAGUGUUUGUGUGGAUAAUGGCGCGGGAGCCGUAGAACUAGAUGCCAUCGACAAGGUUCCUAACAUCAAAGCUGAUUGGCCAGUCCACAUCAUUAGGAAACAACCGGGGUAUCAGGCUGGUUUCAAAGGAUGGGGUGGCUGGGGCGAUCGGCGUGACCGGGAGCUUUGCUUGAGUUUUGCAUACAUGUACCAUGUUAAAGACACCUUGUCUGUUGUUGAGAAGCUUCCUCCUAGCGGAACAUUAUCCAUGGUGGUUCCUAUGUUACAGGGCGAGGUCCCGUUCUUUGCUGCUGAUGAAGAAUCUUCUUCAGUUGGUGCUCUUCUCAUUCCUUAG